UUUCCAUAUUCCUUGUAAAUGCUACCACCCAGUGGGCAGCAAGUGUAGUAAAAAAAAAAAAAAAGUUCAGCAGUACGCGCAUGCUAAUGACGUCAGUGGAACGCACGUGAACCGCAAAUCCAGGAAAAGGCAGCAUGGAAUCACUCCUGAAGCAGGAGUUGGGCUCUGUCCUCAUCAAGCAAGCUGGCCACUCAGGAGGAGGCUGCAUUAGCCAGGGGCAGAGCUAUGACACUGACAAGGGCCGGGUCUUUGUCAAGAUCAACCACAAAUCUGAGGUUCCAAGGCUGCAAUCUGAACCUGAUCUCUCUGAAACUUAAUUUAUUAUUAUUUAUUAUAAUUAGUUAUAUUAUUAUUUAUUAUAUUAUUAUUUCAGCAUAUUAGUCCAUAGUUACACAUAUACUCUCCCUGCUAGCUCUUUAUUGCAUUUUAAAUUGAUUUAUUGCACUUUAAAUAAUGCAAGUUUAACUUCUGACUUGCUACCUGCUGUGUAUUACUGCUCCCAAGAUGCUGAGCCAGCCAUUUGUCCCUGCAGUGCUCAAUGGCUGAGCGUUGUUAGAAUUUUAAGACACUAUAGCUGGACAGCAGGAUGGGUGGCUGUCACUGGUCAAUUAAUAUACUAAAAUUACUUCAUUAUAAAAAUAGAAUAAAUUGCAAUAUUAGUGAAUUUUUUAAAUUAUACUUACAAUUAUGUAGCAGCUUAUCUUUAUUAUAGUUUAGUUUGUUCAAUAGAAUUGCACAAUAUUCUGUAGUUUUGUGUACUGAAGUGAGACAAAUGGUUUAUUCACUAAACAGUGACUUGCUUGGAAUUGCAAAAUGAGUACAUUGGAAUGUGUAUGCAUUGCUAUUUAUCAUGCUAAACAAAUUUACGUUUAUAAUGGACAGUAACUAGGGGUUUUACUGUUUAUUGUUUAGAUGUAUUUAUUGUGCAGAGAGGAUUAGUCCUGAUUGUGGCACUCGCUGCCAUGCUGCUGAGUAGUGUAAUUCUGUGUGCCCUGUACAGUUGGUACUGGUGUCUGUAAAUCUCUAAGAGAUUAUGCUGGUACAGAACAUCUAGACUGCUCACGGAUCCUGUAUAAUGAGUGAUUAACACUGACGUGGUGUGAACAGUUUAAUAAAACGUAUGUUUGUUUGUAUAGAGUGUCUUCCUGUUAAUAAAUAAAUAAAAAUAGAUCUGGUGACUAAGCAUAUUGGACAAUUAUUUAUUCUAUAGUAAAUUUGUAGAGACCUAUUGGGUUCAUUCAGUUAUUUUGGCUAUUAAGGUGUUCAGUCUAUAGCAAUCUGCAGAGUUAAAUAGUUACUCCAAGCACCAUGACCACUUCAUAGCGAGAGAGAGUGACGUCAGACAAAAAGAAUCAAGCUGCAGGGAAAAAAUGGACUUGGUGAUGGAAAGGACCCUUCAAGGUUUUAAAAAAAAAUAAAUAAUUUCACACAUUUUUUAUUUGGGGGGUUGGGGAGGGAUGGACCAACUCAGAAAGUGUUACUCUAACCAAAGGCAGUGUUUUAUGAGUAACCCCCUUAAUUGUAUAGUUUGCAGGGUAUCCUGCAAGAGUAGGCAAUAUUUGACACUCGAGAUGUUGUGGACUAUAUCUCCCCUUAUGCUUUGCCAUUAUUAUGGCUGUAAGAGCAUUGUUUGAGAUGUAGUCCAAAAUGUCUGGAGUAUCAAGGGCACAAUGUUGUGUUUUUUUUGUGGUUUUUUUAAGAGGCAGCAUUCAAUGUACAUUCUGUGAAGAACUGCAGACUUGAACGAUCAGUUUAAGGAGACCUGCUGGGUUCAUGGUUUAGCCAGUUGGGUUCAGCCGAGAUCAUUGUUUAGUGUAUCGAGUAGGGUCAUUGUUGGUGAUGUAGAGAUUUGCAGGGUUCACGGAUUCCUCUAUUGAGAUCUGCAGGGUUCAGUUUUCAAGCUUGGGAGAGCUGUUGGGUUCUUUGUUAGUUCCAUGGAAAGUUACAGAGUUCUGUGCGAGGUCUAUGUACAUGUGAAGGGCCAGUGUUCCAUCUUUGGAGUGAUGCAUGGUUCAGUGUUCUGUGUACAGAGAGCUGACACAACGAAAUGAUCACAUAGUUUUAGGUGUAAUCACAUUUCUCUCACAAUGUCCAUAAUCAUUAGUUAAAUCUUAAGAAUGAACAAAUAGGUUGAUACAUUUUAUUUUAAGAGUUUGCAGUUACAGAGAAAGGUAGACUGAGAUUCUUGCUCUAUCAUACCUGCUACUGUCUUCUGCUUUUAGGCUCGAAGGAUGUUCUUGGGAGAAAUGGCCAGCUUGGAAGCCAUUCUACAGACAGAAACGGUGAUUGCCCCUAAGCCAAUCAAGGUUAUAGACCAACCAGCAGGGGGAGCCGUACUUGUUAUGGAGCAUUUGGACAUGAAAGGUCUAAGCAGGUAGUUUUAUGUCCUAGCUGUAUGGAGUACCUAACUUUCACAGAUAUUAAUGAUAACUUAAAGGGACACUUCAGGCAUCCAGACCACUUCUGCCCAUUGGAGUGGUCUGGGUGCAAACUCCCAUCACCCUUAACCCUGCAAGUGUAAUUAUUGCAGUUUUUAUAAACUGCAAUAAUUACCUUGCAGGAUUAAAGGGACACUCCAGGCACCCAGACCACUUCUGCCCAUUGGAGUGGUCUGGGUGCCAAAUCUCACUACCGACGUAAUGCAGAGGAGGAGCGGAGGAAGAAGCAGCGACGUGGGACAUGUCGCUGCCUCUGGUAAGUGACUGAAGGGGUUUUCACCCCUUCAGCAACCAGGGAUUGGGAGGGAGAGGGGACCUGCAGUGCCAGGAAAACUGAUUAUUUUCCUGGCACUGGAGUUUCCCUUUAAGUCCUUCCCUAGUGGCUGUCUAUCAAACAGCCACUAGAGGUACUUGAGGCUUCUUAAAACACGAAAAGUGUUUUAAACGACGCUGGAUGUCCUCACGCUAUGUGAGGACCUCCAGCAUCGCUGGAAUUCCCAUAGGAAAGCAUUGAAUAAUGCUUUCCUAUGGGAGGUCUAAUGCGCGUGUGGCCAUUGUCACGCAUGUGCAUUAGGUCUUCCCCGUCGGCGGGGGAGGAUCAUGGGCAGAGCCUGACCCAGCGCCGAGGGACAUCGGCGCUGAGUUCACGUAAGUGACUGAAGGGGUUUUAAUCCCUUUAGCAACAUGGGAUGGGGGUGUGAUGGAGGGGGCACUGCAGGAUUCUCUAGUGCCAGGAAAACUGAUUUGUUUUCCUGGCACUGGUGAGUCCCUUUAAAAAACUAAUCAUGGAGGAAAUGUAACAAGCAGCUGCCAAGUUUCUGUUUAUCUGAUGUUUUGUAGUAGAUUCAUCCCAAAUUGAUUGUCAAAAACCAAGUAAAAAUGCUUAUAAAAUCACCUUACAUCUGGCACCUAAAAAAUAAAAAAUUAAACGUGUGCUCCCAUUAGCUGUGAUUACAACUAGGAGACAGAUUACUCCAAAGCUUUCAGGGUAACUGCCAUCCAUGAUUGGACGUGUUCGCAUUUGAUGUUGAGGAAGUAUAAUUUCAGCAUUAUCAGUGUGUAUCUGCAGAGGGAUCAGCCUUUGGGUGCUGGGGAGAAUGUUGUUUUUUUGUUAAAACCACUCCAAAACAGUUUGAUAGAAAACCAGGGACCUGCCACAAACACAUGAGGGUCUGACAGAGUAUUAUGGGAUAUGCUAUUUGGCAAAAUAUAUAUAUAUACAGUAUAUGACUGUAUCUGUUACUAUAGUCUAAUUGUAAGUAUGUAUUUCCACAUAUAGUAAUUAGUCUUUCUGUUACAGACAAUCGUCAAAGCUUGGCGAGCAACUGGCAGACCUUCACCUCCAUAAUCAGAGGCUGCGGGAUAAAAUGACUAAAGAAAGUGGGAAAGUGGGUAAAUAUCAAGCCAUUUCACAUACAUAUGGAUGCUCUUGGAUGUUGUUGGCUCUACCACUGGCUUGUGUUUAGAGCUCUGUAUUUAUUAUGGAAUGUUAGAAACCCCCUAUAAGUCAUAUCAUCCUACAAGUCUAAUCGGAAUCAUCUAGAUAUAGGUUUAAUCUGUUUAUUAUAUCUGUCAUUUUGGGCUGUUAGAAUGAUUAAUAUUGUUCUCUUUUACUUGGAAAGUGCAUAACUAGUAUGAAGUUAAAGGAGCACUAUAACAGCAGUAUUUCUAACGCUAUAAUGCCCUGUUGGCCAUUUUGGUUACUGUCCCUUAUCUGCCGGUAGAAGUAAAAAGUAAUUUUUCUUACCUUUCCACCCCAGCAGUGCCCAUCCUUGCAGCAAUGUUUUCAGCUGCAUGGUUAAAGCAGGAGGGAACAUUGAACCCAGACCAUUUCAUUGAGAUGAAGUGAUCUGGGUGCCUAUAGUGUCUCUUUAAGUAAGUACAUACUUUAAGGGUCAAUUUAUACACUGUCACAUCACAACUUUGUAUAAUUGCAAAGUUGAUGGUUCAGAGAGAACCUUGCACCUACUCUCAGCUCUGCGAGUGGAUUAGAACAUAUAAAUAUCUCUGUAGCUCUAAUCCAGCCCCUUAGAACUGUCAGUCGUACAGCCGGAAUGCUCAGAUCCAGCUGUACAGCAAUCAUUGUGCCCAAGCUUUGAGGAAAAAGUGGUCUCCUUUCAAGAGAGUGAGCUAAGUCAUGGACCACCAAUAUCUGCUUCCAGAGCAGUUCCACGCAUACCAAGUAAGGAGUGAAGCUGCUCUUGGGAGAACAGUUUCCCCUCCUCCCCCACAAAGUCACUGUUCAACUGGACAGAAUAAAUAUAUUGUGUUCCUAAGCAUACAGUGUCAUUAAAGUGCUGUGAAAAAGAAAACAAAAAUCAAACAAACAAAAAAAAGUGCUGUAAUAGUAUUACUGGAAUUAUCUGUGACUUUUUUUGGAGUCAAUAAGAAUCAAACUGUAAUGGAGACAGGGGGCAAACCCUGUCUUGUCCCAUUACAAAUUGUAAUCGGUUAUCUGAUUAUUUUUAACCAUACUUUUAAAGUGGAUCAGUAACAAUAUAUACAUUGUUUAACGGUAGGUAACCCAUUAUGAAUACAUUAUAGAUACCUAGCCUGACGACAUUGGGUUUACUUAUAUGUAUUUCUAUUUAUUUUGUGAUUCUCAAGGUAAAGGCGCAGGACAAGCAGAUGUUCAGUUCAUAGACAAGUUCGGUUUCCAUAUAGUGACCUGCUGUGGCUAUCUUCCAAUGGUAGGGCUUCUUCACUCUUUUUCUUAGAUCUUUAAAAUCAGUAUUUUGUGUGAUUAAUUUACCGUAUCUAGCAUUUUUUUUUAUUUUUAUAAAUUCUUUAUUUUGAAAGGUUUUUUUUGUCAUGGGGUGGGGGUACAGAAGAAGAACCGAGGAGUUAGCAUUAUGAGAUACAAGAUUCAUUCAACUGAGUUUACAGUGAUCAAGCAUUGCAAACACAUGUACCAGAUAUCUAUUAGAAAACUCAACUUGGGUUAAGCGCAACUAGAUCAUUUCUACAUUCUCGUCGGAGGCUGUGGUUGGAGCACCGUGUCACUUGGUUGUAAGGAUGUCAUAUGUAUUUCUUGAUUUUGCGUCUGUUCGAUUGGUUCCGUAUCAGGCUGGUUUCAGGGUAUGCCUUUUUUGGUGGCUAGGGUGUUUGGAGAUCAAGUGACUUGGUGGACAUGGUGCGUCCAUUACGGUACUCUUAGCCUCUUGAGGUCUCUGGUGCAGUCGGCUCAGGGAGAUGGGAGAGUUUACAAGGGUGGAAGGGGGGGUAGUGCGUCUUUCAGUAUCUUAUUGUGUGUGUCUUGGCUUAUAUUCGUGUGAGCGAAUUUGUGGUGUGGGGGGGUUUGGGGUUUUUGGGUAGAGGGGCGAGGGGGUGUGGUAUGGUGUUGUGUUCUAAGGAAAUUGGGUGGUGGAGAUUUGCGGUUCGUCCACGUAGUAUCGAGCCUUUAUCUGGGUGUUGUGUCGGGUAAUUGUGCUGUGGUUGUAGUGUUCUGGUUUGCAGUGUUUAGGUCUUUGGCUAGGCACUUGCCGUUGUUGUCGGUGUGGUGGGGUUGUGGGUCUCGACUGUAUCUGAUGUAGUCAGUUUUGCAGGGUCGGGAUUGUUAUGUCGGGGAUGGGUUGAGUGGCCUUGACCUGUGUAAGUAGAAGAGCUGGUAGUGUGUGUGGGUUGAGUUUUUCUUGGGAUGGUGUUGCUUGAGGGGGGUCGAGGAUUGCGUAUUCGGGGAUGGGGGUGUGAAAGAGUGGUGGGUGUGAGAUAUUGGCAGGAUGGCUGAGGAGUUGUCUGGUGAGAGCGGUGUGGGGAGUGGUUGUGGGUCUGGGUUGUGAGAUGGUUAUUUUCGGUGGAUCUAGCAUUUUUUUUAAUGGAAAUACAUCACCUCUCUCAAUGAGCAGCAUUUUAUUCCAGGACCCAGUUUCUGGAGGAGGAAGUGCCUCUAGUUGCAGUCAGGAAGACAGACACUACAGGCGUAUUUAAAUGGACACUACAGGCACCCAGACAACUUCAUCUCAUUCAAGUGGUCUGUGUGCAGUGUCCUUGUUCUCUUAACCCUGCAAUGUAAAACAUUGCAAUUUUAGAGAAACUGCAAUGUUUAAAUUGUAGGGUUAAGAAUGCCUCUAGUGGCUACCUACCAGACAACCAUUAGAGGUGCUGCCAGCAGUUUUAAGGAGUUUCACUCUGUCUUGCGGCGCCGGACGUUCUUAUGUUUUGCAUGAAAAUGUCCAGCGUCUUGCAAAACUGCAUAGAAAAACAUUGACUGGUCUCUAUGAGAGAGAGAGAGAGAGUUUCACACAGCUGUUUCUGCGGUAUUGUCAGUAUGACAGCCAGUAGAGGCAUUAAAACCCUGCGAUGUAAACAUUAAUGCAGAACAACAAUGUUUUUACAUGGCAGGGAUAAAACGAGAAGGACAUGGCACCAAGACCACUUCAUUGAGCUGAAUUAUUCUGGGUGCCUAUAGUCGUCCCUUACCCCUGCAGUGUAAACAUUGCAGUUUCUGUAAAUCUUCAAUGUUUUACAUUGCCAGGUUAAAAUGACAGGACCACGGCACCCAGACCACGUCAUUGAGUUGUGUAUGGGUGCUACAUUUUUAGUGGCCCUUUCCAAUAAUUGAGUUGAAGGUUUUUCCUUGUUGUACAGGUGAACGAUUGGCAGGAUGAUUGGGUUACCUUUUACGCCCGCCAGCGCAUCCAGACCCAGCUUGACCUGCUUGAGAAAUCAUCUGGGGACAGAGAGGCGAGAGAGCUCUGGUCACAGUUACAGGUGGGUGGUUUAUGAUUUAUUUUAAAAUUGCACAACCAAGUGCUAUCAUAUCAUUAUAUGAGAGUCUGUUCUGCAGCUGUAUGCACAAGCACAUUUCUUCACUACAGUCAUGCAAUGAAUGUACCUUUUAGAAACCAUACUGUGACUUCUUUAAACCAGAACAGUAGUUUUCAUUCAUGUCAGUUCAUCAAUAUUACUACGGCUCUGUUUAUGAAAUACUAAAUAUCCCAUACACUCAGUGGUGUAUCCUGGUUUUGUGCUGCCCUGCAUGACAUUUCUUUUUCAUUUGACUGUUGUCAAAUGAACACAAAAUUGUAUUCCUAACGCUGUAUUGUCCCUCUGCCCUAAAGCUAUUGUAUUGCUCCGGUGUUAAAAAUGUCCCUUGGUUUCUCUCCGUCACUGCCUCAGACAUCGGAAACGUGGGUGAACCUAUUGUUUCUCCAAAAUUACAGUGUUUUACAUUGCAGGGUUAAAGGCCCAGUUGCACUACACCCAGACCACUUCAAUGAGAUGAAGUGUUCUUGGUGCCUAUACUGUCCCUUUAACUGUUUUUUAUAUGUCCCCAUUGUAAAGUGUUGCAGAACAUGUUGGUGGCAUAUUAUUCAAAAUCUCUUGUAAAAACCUGAAAAAUCAUUAUUUAUAUAUUAGAAUUAUUUGUGAAAGUUUCUUUUACACAGAUGUAGUAUUUCUCAAAGGACCACAUUGGUCACCAUAACAAGUUCAUUUAACUGAAGUUGAUAUGGUGCUAGGAGGUCCCUGACGCUGUCUCAUCUUUAGGGGUUAAACUCUUAACGAACAGUUUACCCCAAAGUCUGUGCCUUCUGCUUUCUAAAAUCCUAGAUAACGCCAGGCUUGGGCAUCAUCGGGCAGGGGUGCUGAUGAUUGGCUUAGAGCAUCAUAUUAUCGCUCUAAGCCAAACAGAAGCUCCGUAUAAAAAACCAUUGUUUUUUAAAUGGUAUGGACCAGCCUAAGCCAGGCACUAGCCAUCCAACCAAAUGCUGGGAUUUCCGUAAUCUAGGAUUUUAGAAAGCGGAAGGACAGGUGUAGCACAGACUUUUAGGUGAAAUUGUUAGCGAACGAUGAUCCUGUGCCAGGGACCUCCUGACACCAUAACAACGUUUUGAUUAAGUUGUUAUGGUGCACAAACUGGUCCUUUAAUGCUCUAUAGAUCACUAUAAAUGUAAUUUGCAAUGGCAAGUCCCCUUUUUAUUUAUUAUAUUUAUUUGGAUUUUAUUUAUUGGAUUCGUUUGUUACAGCUGAAGAUUCCAGCACUGUUUGAUGGCGUUGACGUUGUGCCGGCUCUUCUUCAUGGAGACUUGUGGGGAGGUAACGUGGCAGAAGUGGAUUCUGGCCCUGUGAUAUUUGACCCCGCUUCAUUUUACGGCCACUCUGAGUUUGAGCUUGCCAUUGCUGGCAUGUUCGGUGGCUUUGGUGGAUCCUUCUACUCCGCCUACCACAACAAAAUUCCGAAAGCACCCGGCUUUGAGAAACGACUGAAGUUGUAUCAGCUAUUCCAUUAUCUCAACCACUGGAACCAUUUUGGAAGCGGCUACCGAGGCUCAUCGCUAAGCAUCAUGAGGAGCCUUGUGAAGUGAAUGGCUCUCCUCGCUGUAUUGUCUCCCAUCAGCUCCUACCAACUCACCUUCAGUAGUGGUUACUCACUGUACUCGGUAUUAUUGAGGAUUCCAAAUUCAUUUCAAAUUUUAGCUAAAUGAGAAGAGACUGUCUCCAUGUUAGCUUUGUUACUAGCGUGACUUUCUUGUCCUAAAAUAUGAAACUUACUUUGAAUUCCCCACAGUUGACUUUCAAGAAUAACCCUGUAAUUAUUGCAUUGAUUUUAACACCUAACAGCGGGUGUAAAGCGUGUGAUUUCCUGAUUAUUGUGUCCUCCAUUCUUAGCACAGAUAACAUUAAUUACAGAUCACUCUAUUAAACUUUUGCUCUAACCAAACAUUCCCUGUGAGAUUAUUAACCAAAGGCUGUGGCGGUGGACAUUGCAUGCUGGGAUCUUCAGUUUUAAUUUUGUUGAUACAAUGUGCAGAAUUUAUAUAAAUGAACUGCAGGCUUUAAUUUAUAUGUUUUUGUGGUUUACAUAGUCCUUUUAAUGCCCUCAGUGCCAAGGUCAAAUCAGAAACAUUUCUGUCUCCCAAACAUAGAAACAUAGAAUGUGACAGCAAAUAAGAACCAUUCGGCCCAUCUAGUCUGCCCAAUUUUCUAAACACUCUCAUUAGU